CAAAGCUUAACAUUGAAAUUUGUGAUUUCAAAUGAUUAAGUUAAAUUCAGAUAGGCAUGUUAUGUGCUCUCUAACACAAACAUAAAAUGUGUUGUUAUUGCUGUAGACCUUUUAACAGAUCUAGGAGCAGUUGACCUCCACAGAAUGUUAACAUUAGCCACUAAUAUCUGACUUCAGUACAGUCUAUAGCUGUUUGUUCAUUAAUACUUAUAUGUGGCCUUAAUAUACAGCAUAUGACCUGGUAAAGGAGAGGGGGAUGGGAGGCUGCUCAAUGAUUGGCUGUAGUGUAGGGUGUGUCAUACAAUGUAUCAAAAUUUCAACUGCUGGCUGGAAUUUUCACUCAACUGUACCACUAAUAUGAACCUGUUCUACAGACUCUUGUAGACUACUAUGCACUGAAAAACAGUUAAUGUUACAAAUCAAAGCUUAACAUUGAAAUAUGUGAUUUCAAAUGAUUAAGUUAAAUUCAGAUAGGCAUGUUAUGUGCUCUCUAACACAAACAUAAAAUGUGUUGUUGUUGCUGUAGACCUUUUAACAGAUCUAGUUGACCUCCACAGAAUGUGCACAUUAGCCACUAAUAUCUGACAUCAGUAUAGUUUAUAGAGGUGUAUCUGUCUGUCUGUGUCUUUCAGUUUCUAUUUAGACUACAUCAAAUAUGAAGAAGCUGUGCAGCCACACCAUGUUCAACAUGUUACCUAAUUAGCUAGCUAGCUGACAAUCUGGUUGACCUGUAGCAUAUAAACAUUUGUUGGCACAGAAAGAAAGGGGAUAUGAAAAAUGAUUGAUCAAAUUCCUCCUGCCACUAUCUGACUGGGUUAAUAACUUAAUAUUAAGUUAAUAUGGACCCAUUGUCUUAGACUUGAACUCUUGGACCAAACAGUGGGACUCUGAUUUCAGCCAUAGGGACUUGUGACUCGACUCCUGACUCCAACAUUGGUGACUUUGACUCAACUCAGAGUAGCCAUAGGGUCUUGUGAAUUGACUCUGACUUUUGUGACUCAACUACAACACUACUGCCAUUGCAUGGCUACUACUACUGCUUCAACUACCAAUUCUAGCAAGUUGUACCCCAGGUUGGGUACACUUUUCUGCUGCUCCCUCAAAAGCAUUAAGCAGACAUUUUGAUUAUACCUCCCUCCCCAUAACUCUCUGUUGUUAAUAUCAGUAGGCUGUUUGAGUGGUCUGUGGGCAGGUAAUUCAUCUGAUUGCUGAUGGGUUAGGUUGCUAGAUCGAAUAUUAACCUGCCAUAAGCUACUUUUGUGUCAGCAAGUCUCCCCAGUGAAAAAUGUACAUAUCCACCACUCCAUCUCUCAUGUACAGACCAUUCAAGUAGCUGCACUUAACACCUCACUGAUACUGAUUGUGUAAGCUACAAACCCAAAUUGUCUAAGGAAAUGUGGCUAACAGUAAUAACAUUGCAGACAUAUUCAGAAAUCUGGGCUGAUGGAAUCAUUGUUAUGCAUAUCUACUGGCCAUAAUUUCCGCUUGAGGUCCUGCCCCUCCCCCACUGCAAAGUGCACAAAAGUACCAAACUAUCAAAGGUUUUAUAGGUCAACACAGUCCCCCCCCUCCCCUGUCCUUUGUAUAUUAUUUAUAUAUACUUGUGUUCCCAUAUGUACUUCCUGUAUUGAUUUGUUGUUAAUAAAAAUAUAAUAAUAAUAAAAGAUACACAGUUCCCCCUCCCCCAUGUUGCAGCAUAAAUCUCUGCCCAAGGUUGCCAUGUACACUAUUUUGUGGUUUAUUGAUGUACUUUUAAAACUUUGCGGCAGGUGAAAGGUUUUGGUCGCUAGGUGGAAGUUGUUAUACUACUUCUAUAUUGCAACGUUACCAACAUGGCAUUUUUAAAAAAUCAUUAAUUUCCCUGUAUUCUGCUAAAAUUGUGCUAGUGAAGGUGGGUUUUGAAGUCUGGUUUUGAGCAGACUCCUAGAAAUUUGAAAUUGACCUGGCAAGCCUGUCCCUGCCUGAGCGUGAUCACCACUGAAGUAGCUGUGCAGCACGUGUUUUAAGGAAGAGGAGGAUGGUUGCAGAUGUUUGCAUUCAUGCAAGAAGGUAAGCUAUUAACUAAACUGUUAACCAAUAUUUUAGCUAAAAUUGUAUUUGGUGUAUUGACAAGCAAUGCAUGUUCUCGUUGUCUUUAUUUUUAAUGAAUUAAUGUCAGUCAUGUAUGUCUUUCGGUGGAAUCCAACAUGCAUUGACAUGUCUGAAAGCCGCAUUGUGUCAGAUAUACUGCGUCAUGACAGAUUGAAAUUGGCAGGUUUAUCCAAACAAUUCAUUAAUGCGCAAUUGUUACUUUGCAUGUUUCUACCUUAUAGUUAUUUGUGGCUUGCUAACGGUUAGUGUGCUAGCUAACUGUUAGCGUGCUAGCUAACGGUUAGCGUGCUAGCUAACGGUUAGCGUGCUAGCUAACGGUUAGCAUGCUACCCAUGCUAGUUAAAAAAUAAUAAUAUGCUAGCUAUGGUUGCAAGCUAGCUAAUAAGUUUAGCAUAAUUGGUAAACGUGUCUUUGAUUCAGAAUACAUGAUUGUGGUUAACAAUGUUACAUGCAUUGGAAAAUAAUAUUGCUAUAGUGUAACAAGCUAGCAAGAAAAGCCAGUUCCUUUUCAUCUAUUUUGUCAAGUUAUAAGCCUGUAUGUGUGUUAAAAUAUUUAAACCCCCUCAUUAAAUUCAUGUAUUGAAGUUGCGCCCGUUUUUUAUAGCCCUUUCUUACCCAAAUACCGUUUUUUACAUUGAAAUAAUUCAGAUGAAAAUAAGAAAUAUGUUAAACUAAUUAAGAAAUAAGUGACCAGAUUUUUUUUAUUGAAAACCAUGGACAUUAGUUUGGGUGGGGGGAGGGGCGUGGUGCGGUUCCUAGUUCUUUUUUUUUUUGCACAUAAAAGAGUGAAACACCACAACAAGAAUAAGGGUUGUGGAAAGUGUCAAUUUUGGUAGGACUGUGACAAUUCACUGUCUUGAAAAAUACAUACAUACAAUACAUACAUAUAUUGGCAGAUUCUUUAACCAAAUCCCUAUUUCUUACACAGAUUUUUUAAGAUCUAAAACAUAAUGGAAGAUAAGAGUCCAGGAACCUACAAAGUAACCAAUGCGGUAUGUUUUCUGAUUUGCCUAGUAUUUAGAGUACGCUUGCCUUGCUUUAGCCAAACCACUCAUACUGAUUCUCUUUUAGUCCAUCCAUAAAAACAGAUUCAGCUUUAGUUGCAUGCAGGAACUUGCAUAAUGUGCUUAUGUUAUGCUUAUACUUGCUUUUUUACCUUGAAAGUAGUUUAAAAAAACAGAAAUUGUAAUAGAUGUUUGUUGGACCUCUAUUAGUCAAUGAUAACAGUCAUUGGUGUCCCCCAGCCCAUCCCCUGUUGUGUGCCGAGCAAUCUUGUCAUUCUAUUAAGUCUCAACUAUUCUUUUUGUCUUCCUUUACAAAGGCACUGCAGAGGCUAAGAAGGCGCAUGUAAAAUCUAAAGAAGCAUAGUUCAACUUGUGAGGCCAGAUUUGAAAAGGAAAAGAUAAAUCCCGAAGCGCAGAUGUCAGACACCGAGGCUGCCAGUACCUCUGAGGCUGCCAGUACCUCUGAGGCUGCCAGUACCUCUGAGGCUGCCAGUACUUCUGGGUCGAUAGUCAAUGUGUUGGAUGAUGCACCACCGUUGAUCAGAACAGACAGUAUAUACUUGACCAAAGCUAUGCUUGGAUACAAGACUGAUGACUCAAUAACCAGCAUUGGCAACAGUGUAGAUGGUUAUGUCCCAGGAUCAUCAGAGGAAGGCAAUUUUUAUGAAGAAAAUCUGACAGGAGAGAUGUCAGUGAUUCGGGCCAAAAAGCCAAUGACCAAGGGAAAGCUGGGGCAAAAGAGAGACUCACACGGAGAGAUGUCAGCGAUUCGGGCCAAACAGCCAAUGACCAAGGGAAAGCUGGGACAAAGGAGAGGCUCACACAGUGCCAAAGGAACAAAAAGGUUUUGGUCGACAAUAGAGGUGGAUGCAGUUGAAGAUUCCUUGAUGAAUUUUAUCCGAAUGGGAAAAAGGCCUGGAAAACAAGACUGUGAGAAAUGCAUUGCUGCUUCUCCCCAAGCGCUAGUAAACAGGGACUGGAGAGCAGUAAAGUUCUAUGUACACAACAAAAUAGUUGCAGAUCAGAGAUAAUAAGUGUAUAAGAUGCUUCUAUCUUGGUGUACCUCUGAGGAUUUAAUGGGACUUACUUGACUUAAGCUCAUAGGCAGUUGAUGAAUGUCCUCCAUCUCACUCUGUUUGGGGGAAGUUUUCCCAGGUGGGUUGUUCACUUUUGGAGUGACUAAGGUCUCAAGAAUACAAAGCCUGCUGACUUUGAAUGUUACAGAAAAAUAAAAUACAUUUUUCUAAACUA